CCCUUAUUUUUACACGAUACUCCACCACAGUGUGAGUCAGCUAGUCAGUAUUAAAGUUGCGUUGGUACGAGUAAAAUCCAUCUUCUUGGGUGUGUCUUGACAAUUCCGACAAGUUCACUUUUAAUUCGUCCUGCAAAUUUUGCAUUUCUGCACAAGAUGUCUUCAGCUGAGUACUAUCCCUUCCGUUGCACUCCAACCGUUUACCCGGCCGAUCCAUUCGAUCCCGUGGCUGAUGCUGCCACCCUAAGGAGUGCCAUGAAGGGCUUCGGGACGGACGAAAAAGCAAUUGUCGAAGUUCUUGGUCGUCGAGGAAUUGUGCAGCGUCUUGAGAUUCUUGAGGCCUACAAAACCUCAUACGGAAAAGACCUCAUUUCCGACCUCAAGUCCGAGCUGGGCGGAAACUUUGAGAAUGCCAUCGUGGCUCUCAUGACGCCCUUGCCUCAAUACUAUGCUUCUGAACUCCACGAUGCAGUGUCCGGAAUGGGAACUGAUGAAGAUUGCAUCAUCGAAGUUCUGUGCUCACUAUCCAACUUCGGCAUCAAGACCAUUGCCCAAUUCUACGAGCAGAUGUACGGACGUACCCUGGAGGAUGACCUCAAGGGUGAUACCAGUGGCCACUUCAAGAGACUCUGCAGAUCUCUAGUUCAGGGCAACAGAGAUGAAAAUCAGGGAGUGGACGAAGCUGCUGCCAUUGCUGACGCACAGGCCCUCUUUGACGCCGGUGAAGGUCAAUGGGGCACCGAUGAGUCCAUUUUCAACUCACUCCUCGUGACUCGCUCCUACCAGCAACUGAGGCAGAUCUUCCAGGAGUACCAGAACAUCUCUGGCAAGGACAUCGAAUCUACCAUCAAGAGUGAGUUCAGCGGAGCCGUUGAGAAGGGAAUGUUGGCCAUUGUAGGAUGCUGCAAAUCCAAGGUGGACUACUUCGCCGAGAGGCUCCACGAUGCCAUGAAUGGACUUGGUACCAAUGACCGAACCCUCAUCCGAAUCAUCGUGAGUCGCUCAGAAAUUGAUCUGGGAGAUAUCAGAGAUGCUUUCGAGACCAAGUAUGGCAAGAGUCUCGUGUCUUGGAUUAAGGCAAGUUGGGUAUGGUAUUGUUUUUUAAAUUUUAUUGCUCGUCUUCCUGUGCAUCUUCUGGACACAGCUAUGGGUAAAAUAAUCCACUAACCACCUUCUAUUACAGGGCUGAUACAGGAGAUAACUUUUCUUUCGACUAUUUUUGUAGUUUGUCGAAAAAUCAUAAAAAUUUGUGCAUGAUUUUUAUUUAUACUUUUAAUGGUGCACUGAGAGAAAUCCGAAAAAGCCAAAAUAACAUGUCAAAAAUGUUAAUUUUACCCUGCGGUAUUGAUCUGAAAUCGGUGUAAAUAUUACCCUUUUUAGGUGUAUUAUGGGUUAAAGUUACCCUUUUUCCGUGUUGAUUUUACCCUCAAAAGGUGUAAAAUUAACAUUAAAAAAUGUUGAUAUAUUUUUACACCCGAAAAGUGUUAAAGUUAUAACAAAAAAAUUAAUCGUAGCCUCUUUUUUUCUCAGUGUGACAAUAAUGCAAAUAAGUAACGGAUAUUUUAGAGGCAUUUGUUCAUGCAAAUUCGCAAUUUUAUUUUUAGAACUAAUCUAUAUUUUACUGGUUUGAACUACUCUGGAAUGUUUGGAGUUAUCAGUUUAUACUGAAUUUUUAGAAGUCAAUGUUACACUUCGCAAUUCUUUAUCAAUUUUUGGGUAUUGAUAAAUAUUUUGCAUUAUCUCAAUAGCAAUGAAAACAAAUCUUUGAUUGCGAUAAAUCUUUAUCGAGAUACAUAGAGGUAUGUGUAAAUUGUAAAUCGACAAGAGGAUUUCCAUAUCGGAAAUCUCAAUUUGAAAUUUUAUAAAAAAGUGCUGUUGUUAUUGUAAAAUCUAGAGCAGGUGGAUGAAAUAUUAAAAAAAAU